AUUUCUUUUCUUUGCCCUCCUGCUUCUUGGCUGGCCUAGGGAUGGCUUCCUUGCUGCAGCGGCCUUGGCGGGUGCCCUCGCUGCUGUGGGCCGUCCUGCUGGUCAGCACUGCGGCCGCUUCCCAGAAUCAAGAACGGUUAUGUGCAUUUAAAGAUCCAUAUCAACAAGACCUUGGGAUAGGUGAGAGUCGAAUCUCUCAUGAAAAUGGGACAAUAUUAUGCUCAAAAGGUAGCACCUGUUAUGGCCUUUGGGAGAAGUCAAAAGGAGACAUAAAUCUGGUGAAACAAGGAUGUUGGUCUCACAUUGGAGAUCCCCAAGAAUGUCACUAUGAAGAAUGUGUAGUAACCACCACCCCUCCCUCAAUUCAGAAUGGAACAUACCGUUUCUGCUGCUGUAGCACAGACUUAUGUAAUGUCAACUUUACUGAGAAUUUUCCACCUCCUGACACAACACCACUCAGUCCACCUCAUUCAUUUAACCGAGAUGAGACAAUAAUCAUUGCUUUGGCAUCAGUCUCUGCGUUAGCUGUUUUGAUAGUUGCCUUAUGCUUUGGAUACAGGAUGCUGACAGGAGACCAUAAACAAGGUCUUCACAGUAUGAACAUGAUGGAGGCAGCAGCAUCAGAGCCCUCUCUUGACCUAGAUAACCUGAAACUGUUGGAGCUGAUUGGCCGGGGUCGCUAUGGAGCAGUGUAUAAAGGUUCCUUGGAUGAGCGUCCAGUUGCUGUAAAAGUGUUUUCCUUUGCAAACCGUCAAAACUUUAUCAAUGAGAAGAACAUUUACAGAGUGCCUUUGAUGGAACAUGACAACAUUGCUCGCUUUAUAGUUGGAGAUGAGAGAGUCACUGCUGAUGGACGCAUGGAGUAUUUGCUUGUGAUGGAGUAUUAUCCCAAUGGAUCCCUGUGCAAGUAUUUGAGUCUCCAUACAAGUGACUGGGUAAGCUCCUGCCGUCUGGCUCAUUCUGUGACCAGAGGACUGGCUUAUCUUCACACAGAAUUACCACGAGGAGAUCAUUACAAACCUGCCAUUUCCCAUCGAGAUUUAAACAGCAGAAAUGUACUGGUGAAAAAUGAUGGAACCUGUGUUAUUAGUGACUUUGGGCUGUCCAUGAGGCUGACUGGAAAUAGACUUGUGCGCCCAGGCGAAGAAGAUAAUGCAGCCAUAAGUGAGGUUGGCACAAUCAGAUAUAUGGCACCAGAAGUGCUAGAAGGAGCUGUGAACCUAAGGGACUGUGAAUCAGCUUUGAAACAAGUAGACAUGUAUGCACUUGGACUAAUCUAUUGGGAGAUAUUUAUGAGAUGCACAGACCUCUUCCCAGGUGAAUCUGUACCAGAAUACCAGAUGGCUUUUCAGACAGAAGUUGGAAACCACCCCACUUUUGAAGAUAUGCAGGUUCUGGUGUCCAGGGAAAAACAGAGACCCAAGUUCCCAGAAGCCUGGAAAGAAAAUAGCCUGGCAGUGAGGUCACUCAAGGAGACAAUCGAAGACUGUUGGGACCAAGAUGCAGAGGCUCGGCUUACUGCCCAGUGUGCUGAGGAGAGGAUGGCUGAACUUAUGAUGAUAUGGGAAAGAAACAAAUCUGUGAGCCCAACAGUCAAUCCAAUGUCUACUGCUAUGCAGAACGAGCGCAACCUGUCACAUAAUAGGCGUGUGCCAAAGAUUGGCCCUUAUCCAGAUUAUUCUUCUUCCUCAUACAUUGAAGACUCUAUCCAUCACACUGACAGCAUUGUGAAGAAUAUUUCCUCUGAGCAUUCGAUGUCCAGCACACCUUUGACUAUAGGGGAGAAGAACCGAAACUCAAUUAACUAUGAACGACAGCAAGCACAAGCUCGAAUCCCCAGCCCUGAAACAAGCGUCACCAGCCUGUCUACCAACACAACCACAAACACCACUGGCCUCACUCCAAGCACUGGCAUGACCACUAUAUCUGAGAUGCCAUACUCAGAUGAAACAAAUCUGCCUGCCACAAAUGUCGCACAGCCGAUUGGGCCAACCCCUGUCUGCUUACAGCUGACAGAGGAAGACUUGGAGACCAACAAGCUAGACCCAAAAGAAGUUGAUAAGAACCUCAAGGAAAGCUCUGAUGAGAAUCUCAUGGAACAUUCUCUUAAACAGUUCAGUGGGCCAGAUCCACUGAGCAGUACCAGUUCUAGCUUGCUUUACCCACUCAUAAAGCUUGCAGUAGAAGUGACUGGACAGCAGGACUUCACACAGGCUACAAAUGGCCAAGCAUGUUUAAUUCCUGAUGUCCCACCUGCUCAGAUUUAUCCUCUCCCCAAGCAGCAAAACCUUCCUAAGAGACCUACUAGUUUGCCUUUGAACACCAAAAAUUCAACAAAGGAGCCCCGACUGAAAUUUGGCAGCAAGCACAAAUCAAACUUGAAACAAGUAGAAACUGGAGUUGCCAAGAUGAAUACAAUCAAUGCUGCAGAACCUCAUGUGGUGACAGUCACCAUGAAUGGAGUGGCAGGUAGAAACCACAACGUUAACUCACAUGUUGCCACAACCCAGUAUGCCAAUGGAGUAGUACCAUCUGGCCAGACGGCCAACACAGUGGCACACAGGGCCCAAGAAAUGCUGCAGAGUCAGUUCACUGGUGAGGAUUCCCGGCUGAAUAUUAAUUCCAGUCCUGAUGAACAUGAACCUUUACUGAGACGAGAACAACAGGCUAGCCAUGAUGAAGGUGUCCUGGAUCGUCUUGUGGACAGGAGGGAGCGACCCCUAGAAGGUGGCCGAACUAAUUCCAAUAACAACAACAGUAAUCCAUGUUCAGAGCAAGAUGUUCUUACACAGGGUGUUCCAAGCACAGUAACGGAUCCUGGACCAUCAAAGCCCAGAAGAGCACAGAGGCCUAAUUCUCUGGAUCUUUCAGCCACAAAUAUCCUAGAUGGUAGCAGUAUACAGUUAGGUGAGUCAACACAAGAUGGCAAAUCAGGAUCAGGUGAAAAGAUCAAGAAACGUGUGAAAACUCCCUAUUCUCUUAAGCGGUGGCGCCCUUCCACCUGGGUCAUCUCCACUGAAGCACUGGACUGUGAGGUCAACAACAAUGGCAGUGACAGGGCAGUUCAUUCCAAAUCUAGCACCGCUGUUUACCUUGCAGAAGGAGGCACUGCCACAACCAUGGUGUCUAAAGAUAUAGGAAUGAACUGUCUGUGAAAUAUUUUCAAGCCUACGGAGUGAAAUUAUUUUUUGCAUCAUUUAAACAUGCAGAAGACAUUAAAAAAAACUGCUUUGUCCUCCUGUCAGCACCCCCUCCCAUCCUUGCAACAAGAACUUGCUUUAAAUAGAUUUCAGCUAUGCAGAAAAUUUUAGCUUAUGCUUCCAUAUUUUUUAAUUCUUUUUUUUUAAGUUUUGCACUUUUGUUUAGUCUCGCUAAAGUUAUAUUUGUCUGUUAUGACCACAGAAUUAUAUGUGUGUGUAUCAAAAGUGGUCUCAAAAUAUUUUUUUAAGAAAAAAAAAAGCAAAAACAAUGUAUUGCUGAUAAUCAGUUUGGACCAGUUUCUGAAGGUCAUUAAAACAAAAGCAAAUUAAGACAGGUUUAACUGCAGUGGUGUCUGGUAUCCAUGUUUUAUUUCUGGGCACAAGGUAGUUUAUAUGUUGGUAUGUACCUGAACAUAUUAUCUGUUGGACAUUCUUUUCUCUUGUGUUUUGUUUGAAUGUGCAAUAGUUUAUAGGCCACAAAUAAGCUUUCUUGUAAGCUCUCUUCCUAAUAUGACAUACAUUCUUCCAUAAUAUGAACAUUAUUCUCCCAACUCCCCACCCACCAUACUUUUGGCAGGUCAGUUCUAUGACAGUGAAUUUUGCACAGGUGAAAGCAGCUACCCGAUUUCAUGCUUUCUCUCUCCUUAUCGUGGAGAAUGCAGAAACAUUGUCUCAAAGGGCUCUAAAGAAGGAACCACCAAAACCUGAUUUGAAAUGCCAUUUUUUUAAACCUUCCAAAUCGUAAACAUUUCCUUCCAGGCAUUUUAAGAAACAUACUUGGUUCUGGUUUUGGAAGUUCAUAAGAGAGCAUAGAACAAAAUAGAGGAAAUCAAAUAUUAGCUUUUUUCCAUUUUAUUUUAUUUUUAUAUGUAUGUUCAUAUUCCAUAUUCAUCUAUUUAAGAAGUACAUUUUUAUCAAAACUUAUAGAGCUAUACUUAUAUGAAAUUUUUAAGUAGGUAGAUGGUUAAUACAAUAUAGUAUUACAGCUUUCAUUCUCUGAAUAGGCCAUCUUUGACUCAAAUAAAAUUAAAUUUCCUGUUUAAAAUAACUUCAAAAGUAAUUCAUAGUUUUGAACCUGUAAGUAUCUUUUAAAAAUUUUGUUCCCAAGCAAAACCUGGUGACUUUAACCGAAAAUGAUUCUCAUCCCAUGACCUAAAACACUGUGUAAAAAAAUCGUUCAACUGGCAUGCCAGAUCCCUGUGGAAGGAAAGGUUGCUGCCAAAUCUACCUGUUUGAGCAGACUGAGACUUACCUCUCUUUUCAAACUAGUGCGUUGCUUUGCUAAUCCUAUUUUCAUAAUUUCUCCUUUUGCCAGCUUUUCACAUGAUCUUCAAUAUGUGAUCAGCAUUUGUUAUAUACAUUAUAUUAGAGUAUGCCUUUUAGUGAUAACAUGUUAUGUAUCCUUCAAAUCAGUUUUUUUUUAAGCUCCCCCUGCUUCUUUCAUUAUUAAUAAUCUAAAACAACAAACUCUGCAUGUUUUUUUUAAGUAAAGCACUUUCUGUCAAAUAAGGGACAUCUUUUUUUGAAUAAGCACAAAUUAUUUUCUAUCAAUUUAUGAACAAUAAAGAUCUUACACUUUUUUUAAUCCGGAUUCUCAGAGUACGCAAAAGAUAUUAUCUAAUUACGUUUUGACUAAGAUUUCUCUGGAAAAUAGAAAGCUAAGAGGAAAACACAAAUCCCCAAAUUUUAGGUUUAGGUGUUUAUCUCCUAAACCAUGAUUCUCACUCAUAUUCUUCUAUCAUUUAGCUAAAGACAGCCUAAAUUUUCCAAUUUGCUGUCCAAGAUGCUUGUGACUUGUAUAUAAACCUUCUCUUCUUGGCCAUCUUAUGAAUUAGAUGUUAACAACACUUAACCAUUUAUUCAGCUGGUUUGCUGAACGUAGUUUUGAAUUCUUAGAAUUAAGAUUAUUUUACUAGUGCCCAGGAUUUCCACCUGUUAUAUUUUAUAGGGCUGUAUGGCAGGAUGUGUACUGUGCUGACAUUUUUGUAGGAAAUUCAGUCAUUAUUAUGCUCCAUCACAAAUGUGGUUUGUAUAUAAGCCAAACCAAUUAUCUUAAUGAUUUUAGAAGUUAGGCAAACAUAUGACAUGCAGACAUGUCUGUGCUGAUUGUUGCUUGAGAAAUAAUUACUAAUUCAAGACAAAAUUCAGUCCCAUAUCUGCCAUCAUGAGUCUUAAAAUCAUUUCACCUCUCUUCACUCCUAACAUUCUUAGAUUACAGAACUAAAGGUAAAGUAGAUUUUAAGGAAAAAGUGAAGGUAACUUGUGGGAAUUGAGACUUUUUCCUAAAUGAAUCCCAUGCUAGAUUUGGAGGAAUUAACUUUAACAUGAACUUUCCAGUCUCAUCAGUUCUUUGACUCCAUCUGGAAAAUUAUCUGCUUCUAGUGACUUUAGAAAACUUACUUACCAAGGGAACUAAUUGAGUAGGAUGUAGGAAGGAUACAAGGAUACUGUCCUUUUAAUAAAGGAGUCUAGUAUAGCUUCCUUACAUGUAUCCAGUUGUUCCAGAAAAUAUACGUUAGUUUCGAAUUCAUGAGAGGAAGGAAUGCUCAAGUAAGUAUGUGUUUCAAUGGGAAUAAUCACAAAAUUUGGCAAGGAUUUUUACUUAAAACAUUUCCAAAUUUGGCUUUUAAAGCCAAAUAGAAGACCAGGUGUAGGCUGGUUUCUAGCUUCUGUAAACCUCUCUCUCGAGACAUUUAAAAUGGAAAAAUAUUUCAAUUAACUUUUUUUUUUUUUAAUAUUUAUGGGCAUGAAUAUUUCACUGGUGGUAGUUUGCUCAGAACUUGAGAUUAUAUUUCUGUAUAAUAUUUUAUAAAUUUAUGUUGCCAGUUAUAUGGAAGUUAUUACAUAACUUCACAGAUUGCUUUAUCUUCCCAGCUAACUCCUUAAAGUUUACUGGCAAUUCACUCCUCAAUAAAAUUGCAUUUUAACUUUUAGAUCUGGAACUAUGCAAACUUCAGCAAAAACUACCUUACGUCAUCCCUACCAAAUGUAUUCCUUGCUUAAGUAAAUCUGGCAAGUCACUGUUGGAGCUAGUUACACAAAAGCUGUUAUCAAAAGAGGGCUGUUCCACAGGUCCCAGAUUAAAUUAAUAUACAAGAAAAUAGGAACUCACAGGGCUUUCUGCUGCACCUGGCCAGUACUUUCCUUGAAUCAUUUCAUAGUUUAUAUCUGACUUACUCUAUCCUUUGGUUACCUGACUUGCAAGUCAGGAAAGCUUUCUUCAUAUGUAUCCUGCCUCCUCAUUUUAAAUCUGUUUUUCUUACCCAAUAGAAAAGAGAGAGAGAGAGCAGUUGGUCAUCCUCUCCAGCAUUUGUUAUUCUCCAGUGUGGUUCAGGCCUCUCAAUGUCUAAGUCUCAGUUCUUCAGACAAAAUUGCUUUAGUCCUUCAGUUUUUUUCUCCUGAGUCAUAUUAUCAUGACUUAAUUUAUAUUUUAAAACACAAAAUUAUAUUUUGUUAUAUUCAAAUUAAUUGCUCUAGUUAAGUUCAGUAGUUCGAUAGAAUUGAGAAUUAAGAUAUUACCAUUUGACAGUGGAUUCAACCAUCAGACGAUCAGCAAAAUCAGCACUUAAUUUAAGUUUUGUAUUACCUAACAUUUUCUAUUAAGUUGUGGAGUUUUGUAAUUUUAUAUUCUUAUUAGUUAUAACGAAAAAGCCAUGCAUGCAGAAUUGUAUGUCAUUAUUUUGCCGUUAAAAUUUUUAAUCUGUAUUGCAGCAAGCUUAGUGUUAUUAUUGAGCCACAACGUUUUACAUAUUUCUUUGUAUCAAAUAUUAUAUCAAACACUAAAAUGCAAGAUUCACUUUCAACAGCAAGCCCUAAAAAAUCAGGUAUUACCUAUGAACAUUUUUGUAGACCACGUUUGAAAUGCUUGUAUUGCGACAUAGACUGGGCUAUAACAAUUUUAAUUUUUGAGUAAGUGACUGGUUAAAAUUUAGCAUUUAUGUAUAGAAAGAAAAAUUUAGGAAUUUAUCUCAUGGCAGAUAAAUUUGAAAUUAAAUACUUAGGAAGAAUUUAUGUUUAUAUUAAAAUUAUGCCCAAAAUAAACAUAUUGUAUCUUGAAAAUUCCAAUUCUGUUACUACUGUAAUGUUCAUAGUGUACUAUUAAAUGUCGUGAAACAUACACAUUCAAUUUUAAAACCUAAUUCGAAGUCCAGAUAUUUAAAUCUGAAUAUGAGAGAGGGAAUCUUUAGAACUAAAUCACAUCAUUAGGGCAUCCAGUUUAAACAAAUACUGUAUUUUAAACUACAACUUGACUUUUUUCAGUGUUUUAAAAGGCAACAUGUGUGAGGUUUUUUGUUUUUUUUUUCCAUUUUAUGUGUACUUUUAGAUUUUGGAAACAUUUUCAUGUUUUAAACUCACUAUAUAGACAUAAUAAUACUUAAAAACUCAGGGCCCCUUUCAUCCCUUUACACACUGAAAAAGUUUAAUAGCAAAUAAGCAAUUGAACUCAUUUGAAUAAAGUGUUUGUUGCACAGUUCAUUUAAUGUUUCAUUUUAUGAUUUGCUAUAAUUUAUACAGACAUAAUAACAGAUUUCAUUAAUCAUAAAAACUUGCCCAGUUCUAUAAUUACUUAAUAGAAAGAAUGACUCAACUAAUUGGCUACGUGUUGGAGCAAAUUUAGGCCUUAGAGUUGAAGCACCUUCUUCAAACCAUUUCUGUCCGUUGGUUAAAUGGUUAUACAUGAUGGGACAAAUUAUUUUAUUUUGUAACAUUUCUUAAUGUGAGAACUUAAUAAAGUAGUUUCUGUGAGGUAGAAUUUUCUCAAGAGGAAAUUUAAUAUUGUAAAACUUUCUUCUAAAAGUGAGCUAAUAAACUUACAGCUUUAGUAAUAGCUUCCUUUUUUUUUGAAAAGUAACUUAUGGUAAUUUACCCAGUGUAUUUAACACACUGUCACGUCCAAAUAGAAAUUUCGUUUUAAUCAAUUUCAAGCUCCAAUUUGUAUGCUGUGUACUUAAAAUCCUAGCAGUGGCGUCCUUUGUAACCAGUCUCUUGUCUCAGGCUCUCCGCCUUAUUACCAAUCCUCUUAAGUAUGUAAGGGAUAAACAUUUUCAAACAACAUUUAAUUAGUAAAAAACUAAAUUACUGAAAGAUGCAUUUCAAAGAUAGUUAGGUCCCUGUUUGACACUGAAUUGCUUGGCUUCUGUGACUUUUUUCUGGUCACAUUUAUUUAUUUGAACAGUUUUGUAUGCUUUGUCAUUUCACUUCCAUAGAGAUUAUAUUGUAUAAGUGUUUGUAUAAGCUGGAAUCAUCCCUAGUUUUCUGUUGCUAAUUUUUCCAAUGAAGAUACAUGGAUAAUUGUAAAAUACACUAACUGUUAGGGUGUUGUAGUAGCUGAAACAUGGAGAUGUGCAGCUGCCAUGCUUUUUCUGAAUGGACAGGAGAAACAUAAGCUACGGAACAUUCAUUUCUGAGGAUGCUUUUCUGGAAAAAGAAAGUCUAAAAAAUAUUGGCAAUUCCUCAGAACCCUCUUUCUUGUUAACGGGUAUCUUUUAUUGGUGUGUUUUGCUCUUACAUUACAGAUAGAAUAUCAUAUAUGGAUUUAUGAAUAAUUACUUUCAGUUAUUUUGCUUUUGUAUAAGCUGUCUGAGACCUUGCUAUGCUGUAUAAGUUGUGUUUGAUGGAUCAGUGUGAGUAUGAAAUAAAGCAAAUCACUUUUCUUUUGUAUUAUCUAUGGAUGCCACUAUGAAAGCUGACAUUAAGCCACUAAAGAGUUUUCUAUGAAUAAUUGUAAGUAAGCAAAUGCUUUGAUAUCUAUAAACCUAAAUAAAAAGAGUGUAUUGAUGGAGAGACAUUAGAGAAGGAGAUUUUAAGACAGUUCUUUAGGUUUAAAAAAGGCUUGCUGUAAAAUGGUGCAUUAUUCCAUUUAUUAAAGAUCAUAUUAAUGACAACAGUAAUUGUAUCUUUUGAUUUUAUGAGAUCACCAGAAAUUAUGAUGGCUGGUAUUAUAUUUUAAGUAUUUUGCACUAGAAUAGUAAGUGUUCUAUCUAAUAUGACUUUCAUAACUCAGUAUGAUACGUUAAAAAAAAAUCAGCUAAAGGUAGAACAAUAGUUGCUACUUCCUGGCCACCUACUAUAUGUCAGACACUGUGUUAGUUGCUCUACAUAUGUUGUUGAUAAUUCUCACAACAGUCCUACAAAAUAUAUGUUAUUGUCUCCAUUUUAUAAAUGAAGAAACUGAGGCUCAGAGAAGUUAAAUACCUUGCAUGAAGCCACAGAACUGGUAAAGAUGAGAUUCUAACCUGAAUAUGUCUAAGUUUAAUACCCAUACUUUUUCUGCUACAUCACUGUUCUAUAUAUAGGAUAUAUAUAUAUUUUUUCCAUUUUGUUUGUAGUUUUCAAGUUUUGGCAAGGGAAACUAAAAAAUAAAAAUGGUUCAGUGAUUAGGUAGAGUAGCCAGGAACAUAACAUGAAUCAAUUUGAGGGUGCUGAAAAGCUACCAGAUACCAAAACAACUACCUCUAUCGGCCUACCAUUAUGUCUGUACUUCACAUUGUCAAAGCCGGCAAUGGCCCUCUAAGCAAAAGGAGCGACACUCACAAAGCCCUAGAGGCCUGAGGGGGUAGCGAGUUUUCAGGAGGAUGGGAGGUUGAUAAGAGUAGAAUGCUAGGUUGAAGACUGAAGAUAGGUGGCCAAGAGGAACCCAGGUGACCCAGAUGGGACCGUAUCACAUCAUGUGCUAACAGUUUGGACUUAUCCCGGAAGUCAGUGAAAAAAUUUAAACAGGCGUUUCAAAACCAGGUAGUUCAGCUAAUAGUAUAAAGUAAUGGACUGGGAGCAAGGUGUCUGAGUAUAGAAACAUGGAGGUAGGAGACUGAUACGGCACUGGAGAGACAGGAUGAGAAACUGAACCCGGACGGAGUCAGUGAUGUUGGGGAAGAGGAAGCAGAUCGGGUCAGGAUUAAAAAGAAAAUCCUGGGACCCAACAAACUACUAGCUAAACUGAGCUUAGGAAAGGUAAAGAUCAAGGUUCCGGCUUGGCAAGGGAGUGAUCAUCCCUCCAAGAAGUGAAAAAUCAAGGAAUGUGCAGCUGAUGGAGGAAAUCGCCUGUAAAUGUUUUAAAAUAGAACUAUUUUGAUAUAUUCUGCUUUGUUAAUUACGUCCUAUGUUCAAAUUUUUGGUUCCGAAAAUACUAUGCAGAAACAUUUUACCUAUUAUUUCUAGAAAUGCUUCCAGAACAGAGCCUUCCCUGGAUAAGUGACACAGAAGAAGUGUCUUAGAACAACUUGUUGCACGUAGUAUUGUACUAAUACAGUUUGGAGUGGCUCUGUCCUUAACCUGUAAAAAUGAAUAGCAAGAGCAUUCUUCAGAGUCCAGUGCAACUAGAUAGUGCCCGGCUACUACCACUGACUGCUCUGACAGGGAUCACAACAGAGGGUCCCAGACAGAGCUGGA